AAGAUAACCAGAUGUUGCACAUGUGUCUUAAUUUUCAAUAACAGCCUAGUUAAUCAGACCCUGAUCCACCAUGAGGCCUGGUCUCAGACCGAGCCGCGGGGGUGUUGACCCCCGAAACCCUCUCCAGGUAAACUCCAGGUAACACAGCACCCAGUAUGCUCUACAACCAGUUUACGCUCAUGCCAUGGCCUACGUAUCACCUAGUUUGCAAACCCAACACUUAGUGUAUAAAUACAACACCGGGAUGUAAAUCUAACACUAGAUAAGGUAAUAAAUUUCAUUAGCAAGAUUUAUAAAGCUUGUAUCGUGAGAUAUUUUGUCUGCAUAAUACAUUAUUUAACCUAACUAGACUUUUCUUUCCUGAGUUCUGAUUCUGGUAUGUCUUUAACGUGGUUUACAUUGUUUCCAGGUGUCGUUCACAGCGUCGAUGGCAUUCGUAACAGCUACGUCAGACCCAUCGGUUUAUUUCCCACCUACGCUACCAUAUCUACAACACAUCAACCACUCACAUCCCACCUACUACCCGCAGCCCACUUACCAUCAGCAACCAACCCUGGCCCCACAACUUCCCUACAAUGGGCACCCAGUCAUUGUGCCCUCCUGCGCUGCUAACACCACCAAAACUUGGUGCAUUGAAGACACUGAGUAUCCCACCUACGAGGUCCAGAACGCUCUCCAGCUUCACCACUUUCUCUUUACUACCCUCUACGCUGACUGGGCUGCUCUCGAGACUAACGUCUCCGUCGCACGUCCUAAGAAUAAUCAGGCGGAGACGUACCUCUGUCCCUCGGAAAACAUCUACGUCAAGCCUCUGCGAGCCCAGAACACCGAAGGUGUGUGGCGCGUCAUUGUCAACGACAUCAAGGUCAAUUAUGAAACAUACACACAGACGACACGACUUGAAGAGUGCAUGACACCUAGUGAAAAUUGCCCACUGGUUCCUCUGUGCUACGAGUCCAAGUGCCUGCAGAAGUUCACCUAUCAGCGCUUACUCAUCUACGAUCCCCAUGAUCAACAUUUUCCCUUCGCAAUCAACACCUUCAAGCUGCCCGCAAGUUGCGUCUGUCUACUAGACAACUUCACAUUGUACAAGGAAACAACUUAAAAGCUCUUGAAAUGUAUGUGUGAUACGAUUUAAGUUCGAACCAACGAACUCCAGUUAGGAAGGAGAGGCUGUCUGGACCUGAAUCGAAAAGUCACGUCUCAUUUCCCAGGCUCCGAAUGAUCGUUAUGGAUUUACCUCUUCUCUAUGAUGAUGAUGACAAUAACAUUUUUAGAAAAUCAGUCAUAUGCAGAUUUAAGGAUCUAGAAUAAGUAAAAAUCUGUGGAUUUUAUUAUACAUUGAUUUGAGAACA